AUGAGACAUUGUGUAUGCAAUCUUCUGACACUGCUGCGUGUGUUGUGUGUGUUUGAUACCACAGUGGUUCAGCUCACACUGGUGUCUCAGUCCCAGUCGGCCCUGCAGGAAAACAAACUGAGAGGUUUGAGAAUCGGGCUGGAGAAGCUCAACCAGUCAUAUCAGCUCCUGUUCUCCCAGUACCCUGCUCUAAACCAGUACUGCCCGAUCAGCAACGCUACCACUGGUGAAAGAGAGUGCUUACCUGGCUGGACGCCUCAGGGACAGAAAUGUUUCCUCUUCAGCCAGGACAGAGCUGACUGGAUCAGUAGUCAGUACCACUGCAUGACACUGGGGGGCGUCAUGGCUAUAAUAAGGACAGAAGAGGAGCAGGAGUUUCUGUGGGAGAAGGCCCAGAGUCUGAGUCAGGGGGACUCAUACUGGGUCGGCCUGAGGAGCAGCGGCGCUGACGGCGGCUGGCAGUGGAGCGAUGGCUCGCUGCUGGAGAAGGGACCACAGUUUUGGGCACGCGACCCGGAUAACGCGGGUGAAAGCAGUGCGGAUCUGUGUGGUCGACUCACCCCGAGGGUCGUGUACAGCCGGAGCUGGUUCACUUUCAGAUGCUCCAACAAGCUGCGGACGAUCUGUGAGAGGAGGCGAGCUUCUCUGACCUGACACCGAAAUAUCUUCAUAGCAAAUAAACAUUUUACUCAGGA